CUGGCCCUGCGACCGCACUCUUAACUUCAAUCGACACGAUCUCUCAGCUCUCAGUAUUUUCUGCACCGUUCGACCGUGCGGAAGCCACGGUAAUUGUUUUUAGAACCGACUUAUCACGCACAGGAGUUAUUCCCAGCUGACAGUGAGGAGAAAAGCUUAAUCAUCACAACCCCCCAAAACAUCAUGGCGCUCUCUCCAGCGAUAACUCUGGAAGAAGAGUUUAAAAAAAAUGCUGAACUGAAGGAAUCCGACAUCCGAAUGUUGCGAGAAUGGUGUUCGAAACAACCCCACUUACCGAAGAUACCCGACACCAAGCUCGCCCUUUUUUUGCACAGCAAUUACUACCGAAUCGAGCCAACGAAGUCUACGAUAGACACGUAUUACACGGUCAGGACUCACGUCCCCGAAUUUUUCGCCAAUCUGGAUCCUCUGGGUCCGAAGGAGCUUCGGGAUGCUUUCAAAACAGCGGUUUACAUGCCUCUGGAAAAAACGACGCACGAAGGUUACAAAGUGAUAUACGGAAAGCUGGUCGACUGCGAACCGUCUCAUUACGUCUAUAACGACUGCACGAAAUUUUUCAACAUGGUACUCGACCUCUGGCUGCACACCGAGGGAACCGCCAAAGGCCACGUCAUUCUUGUUGAUCUCGAGGGCAUUGUGUUCGGCCACGCUGGACGUUUGAGCCCCAUGGGCUUGAAAAAAUUUCUCUACUAUCUCCAGGAAGGUCUUCCGGUGAGACUGAAGGGCCUGCACUUCAUGAACAGCGUACCUGUCAUGGAAAUCAUAUUGGGCAUGAUGAAACCGUUCAUGAAAAAGGAGCUUAUGGACAUGUUACACAUUCAUUCGUCAAAUGAGUCUCUGAUGAAGUUCAUACCAUUGGAAAUAUUGCCAAAUGAGAAGGGAGGUAAAGCCGGACCCUUGGCAGAGUUAGGAGCGAAAAACGUCAAAUGGCUGGAGGCCAACAGGUCUUGGUUCCAAGAGGAGGAAGCUACUAUGAGAGUGGACGAAAGUCUGCGUCCUGGCAAAGGCAAAACUGCAACCGAUCUCUUCGGUGUUGAAGGAAGUUUCAAAAAGCUGGAAAUCGAUUAGUUCAAAUUUAUUUGUCCGAGAAAAAGCGUUCUUUCGAAUGUCCAAUUUCAUUGAAGUUUCCAAGCGUUCUUCGGUAGGAUUUUCUUCUUUUUCGUUGUAAACCAUUGUAGUCUGGUGGCGUGAUGCACAAUAAACACUUUCUACUGUA